CGCAAAGGACAUUCCAGGAAAAUGAAAGCACAUGCGGAGAUGGAGACUGUAUCACAUGCAGGCACACGCAGCCAAGGCCGCCGCGAUGCCGCACUUCCUGGACUGGUUCGUGCCUGUUUACCUGUUCAUCUCUGUGCUCAUCCUGGUGGGCUUCGGCGCCUGCAUCUACUACUUCGAGCCCGGCUUGCAGGAGGCGCACAAGUGGCGCAUGCAGCGCCCCCUGGUGGACCGCGACUUCCGCAAGACGCUGAUGGUCCGCGACAACCUGGCCUUCGGGGGCCCCGAGGUCUGAGCUGACCUGUGCUGGUGGCGGUAGGGGGUGCCCUCUCCCGCGCCGCCCAGCCUGGAGACCCUGGGGCAGAGGGAGGCCACCCCUGGUCCUCCGGGCGAUCGCUCUGCAGCCUGGCUCCUUCCAGGAGGAGAUGCUCCAGGAGGACCCGGCUGUGCAGGGAAGGGGCACCUGGGGUGCCUUGAGAUGUUGCUGCUGCUGAUGGCCCCGGGGCUUGCUCUCCAGGUCAAGCCGGCUCACCCCACGCCUGCCCUCCCCAGCUCCGGGACACCGUCCUGCUCCCCCCAGUGCCUUUGUGCUGCCCGGCGCUCCUGGCCCUCCACCCAGAGCCAGGCACUCUGCCUGUCCUGAGUCUCCAGGUCUCCCACGUCCCUUCAGGAUCCUGGGUGACACUCAGCUCCCCGCUCCAGCCGAUGGUCUCGAUCCUGCAGCUCCACGGGCCGGGCUUCAAGUCUGCUGAAAGGAAAGGGCCCCCUUUGGAGGGAAGUCAGCUCAGGCCAGCCCAGCUCUACUGCUCUGGGCCCAAACUUAGCGUGGAUGAGUGUAUGUGAUGGGGCGUGCCAGGGGCCAGACCAUAGAGGAAGGAGGUGUGUGUAUGUGUGUGUGUGUCACAGAGGGAGAGAAAGUUUUGGAGGAAUAAGCAGCCUUGGAGACAGCAGGGUGGGGGGGAGAAGCAUGUAUGUGUGAGAGGGAGAGGGGGGCCCCAGGUAGGGUGGGAAGUGGGGGACGGGGUGAGUUCCUUGGGCAUUAUGGGGGCCACCAGCAGCAGUUCCCGUCCCCCUUCCUUGGCUGGACUUCCCCCUUUCUCUCCUUUCCCAAGACUGAGGCUGCUGGCAGAAGCUCUGCCUCCUCUCCUGGUCCUGUGCUGCCCCCCCAAGCCCACCCUGGAGCCCCUUCCUCUGUGGAGCACCACCCUUCCUUUUUGGACAUCUAUUGGCCUCACUCCCCUUCUCUGGGGCUUCCACCUUAAUUUAUUGCAAUAAUAAAGACUCCGUGACUAUCUCA